AUGUCCGUCGGGCAGCUGAGGCCUCCAGGGUCCCAACACCGUGCGGCGACGGACCGUGCGGUGAGGUCCCUCGGGCUCUCGGGGCCGCCGCCACACGGGCUGGGGGCGCCGAGCCUUUCGCCCCGCGCCGGCGCUCUGAGGCACGCCCGGGCGCUGGCAGAAAUGCCCCGAAUCGGCUGCGAUCACCUCGGGGAGGCACUGGUCCGCGCCGACGUCGAGGAUGGAUCCCCGCGCGCGCGUGCCGGCAGCAGGAGGAGGCCGUCUCGGGGCGCGCUGAGCGCGGCGCCGCCUCGCCGGCGGUGA